ACAUAGUCACAAAGUAUAAAACCGGAACCCAAAACCCCUUAACUGAGGAAUAUUAAAAAUAAUAACGUAGUCAGCAAUUAAUAUUUAAUGUUAUAAUAUGAUAAUGAAGACUAGAUCUUAAACAAAAUAAAAAGGGGACAUCGGGAAUCUUGAAAUGGCCGACUUGUCAUUUGAUUCUCAGAAUUCGUCAAGAUUAGAGAGAAAAAUGAAUAUUGAUGACGAAUUAAAAAGAUGCGAAGAUUCGUUACUUGAAGCACAGGAAACCAAUGUAAAGUGUCAAGAAGCACACGAGACCAUCGAACGUGUUCUGCUGCAUUCUCAGGAUUCCAAAGGAGCAGACAUUUUUACCAGCCCCAGGGGAAGAUGGUCAUCAGCUAGACCAAAAACUGCACCCACAUAUGUCGAUGAACGUGUGAAUGGUGACCAACUCCUCGACGACGAUGAUGAAUUUGACCUUGACACAAAAAAGACGACACUUCACGGCGCAGCAAUUUGUGGGGACACGAUUCUUAUGGGUCAAUUACUGAAAGUUGGAGCGAGGGUAAAUUCGCAAGAUAGCAACGGGAAAAUACCGCUUCAUUACGCAGCGGAGUAUGGUCAACUUCCGGCUCUGCGCAUUCUUCUCAAAUCUGGUUCUAUUGUUAACAUGAUCGAUAACAGAAUUAAGGCUCCACUAUUUUAUGCAGUGGAACAUGGAUACGUGGCAGCUGCCAAAGAGCUUAUUGACAGAGGUGCAUCCGUUAACUGCGCGGACAAACGUAAGAAGAUGCCAUUACACUGUGCCUCUGAAGACGGAAGGAAAAUGAUGGUGGACCUUCUCUUACGGACUGGAGCAUCCGUGUAUUCUAUGGACUUCAAUAUGAAGGCACCAAUCCACUAUGCAGUAGAAAAGAAUUACUUGCAGAUCACUCAGACUCUCGUGAUGCAUGGUGCACCUGUAAAUCAGAGUGACGGAAAACAGCGCAAACCACUCCACUAUGCUGCAGAACUCGGCUAUAUCUCUAUAAUCGACUUCUUAGUCCAGCGAGGUGCGACGUUAGACGCUUUAGAUUGUAAUCUACGAACACCAAUGUUCUUAGCCAUUGAGCAUGGUCAUGAUUUUAUAGUCCAUGCUUUGAUGAAUUACGGAGCCUCUGUCAAAACUGCAGACAGAAAUCGUCAGACUCCUCUCCAUGUCGCAGCUUGUAAAGGUUUGGUUGCCACUGCUAAUGAUCUAAUCAGGAAAGGUUCUCGCCUAGAUGUUCAGGAUGAUGAAGGAAAAUCACCUUUAUUUUAUGCCGUAGAACAACGAGAGAUUAGUAUGGUGGACACUCUCUUAAAGUGUGGCGCCUCAGUUGAUAUGAUAGACAACAGGGCCAAUAGUCCUCUUCAUUAUGCUGCUGAAACAAAGGAUACUGAUCUCAUGUAUCUGCUAGCCCAACAUGAACUCAAAACAUCUAAAACCAAAAACGUUUACCGAAGAAUUCUUGAAAUAGCUAUACGAUAUAACAAUGAUUAUCUUGGACAGGUCGUAUGGAACCGACUUCUGGAUAAGUAUACAGAUGCAAUCAUAGCAAGCGAUAGAACGUAUCCUUAUGACUUUGAAUCCAGAGAAACCACUAACAUUGUUAAAAUACUUCUCCGUAUGACCUGCGAGGCUUUUGGCAAAGUUCACAAGGAGAGGUUGUGGAAAGCCUGUCCUGAACUUCAAGAUGGAAGCGGUGAACGACCACUGAUUGUGGCAUACGUUUUCUUGUGGCCACACACGAAGAAAAAGGUCUUCAUGGGAAUUCCAGUUGUGUACCGCAUGUACAGUGCCACAUCUGACAACGCUGCCGGGUAUGACGAAGUGGAUUCGCAGUUUAAAAAAGUAUGAGAAAUUAAACUGACAGGAUUAACCGAUCUCAUGACAAUGGUUGUAGCCAUUUUUUUUGUUUAUUUCAUGCGACUCGUUGAAAAAAACAUCGUUAAGUUUUGUAGUUUUUUUCGUAGUUGUUUAUCAUUAAAAUUUGAAUAAAAAAGA